AUGUUUGCCCCUGCUAAAGCCCCCAAGUCUCACCUCGGCCGCUACCGCUUGCUCGCCCCCACUGCCGCCGUGAAGGUGAGUCCACUAUGCCUGGGAGCUAUGAACUUCGGUGAAGGCUGGAAAGAGGCCCUUGGUGAAUGCAACAAGGAGACAUCCUUCAAGAUUUUGGAUACAUACUACGACAACGGAGGUAACUUUAUCGAUACAGCCAACAACUAUCAGAAUGGUGAUUCCGAGACCUGGCUCGGCGAGUGGAUGGAAAGUCGCGGUGUGCGCGAUCAGAUCGUCCUCGCCACGAAGUAUACCACUGGCUACCGUGCCCAUGUCCCUACCGAGAUCCAAGCCAAUUUUACCGGCAAUAAUACCAAAAGCCUAAAGCUUUCCGUUGAUGCCAGUCUGAAGAAGCUGAAAACUGAUUAUAUUGAUCUGCUCUACGUCCACUGGUGGGACUUCAGUACUUCCAUCGAAGAGGUAAUGACCUCACUAAACCAGCUGGUUCUCUCCGGAAAGGUCCUCUAUCUGGGCAUCAGUGACACACCCGCCUGGGUAGUGACGAAAGCGAACCAAUACGCGCGCGACCACGGCCUUCGUCCAUUCUCCGUCUACCAAGGCAGAUGGAACGCCGCAAUCCGCGACUUCGAGCGCGACAUUAUCCCAAUGGCCGCGUCCGAAGGCAUGGGCCUUGCACCGUGGGCCUCAUUAGGCGGCGGCAACUUCAAGAGCCGCGCGCACUGGGAAGAGCUUGCCAAGUCCGGGAAUCCAGGGCGUGGAAAAGCCGCUACAGAGCGAGACAUUGCUGUGUCGAAGGUUCUUGAGAAUGUUGCGACUCGGCACGGUACAGAGAUCACAAGCGUGGCGCUGGCUUAUGUCCUGCGCAAAGCGCCUUAUGUUUCGCCUAUCAUUGGUGGGAGGAAGGUUGAGCAUCUUGAGGGCAAUAUCAAGGCUCUUGGGCUUGAUUUGUCGGAUGAGGACAUUAAGGAAAUUGAGGGGGCUUAUGAGUUUGAUAUUGGGUUCCCGAUGAAUUUCUUGUUCCGUGGUGAUGCCAAGGAGGCACACCCUGCCAACUCGCAGUUUUUGAACUCGGCUGCGAAGUUCGAUUAUCCUGAUCUGGUGCGGGCUGUCAGGCCUAAGGAUUUGGACGCUUAA